CCCCCCCCCCCGAGCAGCGCCGCCACCGCCGGGAUGUCCAAGCGGCGCCGCGUCAGCUUCAGCCUGGAGGAGCCGACCGGAAGUGAGGGGGAGGGGCCGGAAAUGCCGAACCGGAAGCGGGCCGUGGCCGUGGGGGGUCCCGGCAGCCGCUUCCCGGCUCAGCCGUCCCUGGACAGCGACGAGGAGGAGGAGGAGGAGGAGGAGGAGAGAGAGGAAGGACCCCCGGUGGAGGGUCAGGAGCCGGGCCCCGCCCCGGGGGUGGGGGAGGGGCCGGUGCCCUUCACCCCCUUCAACCUGGAGGAGGAGUUGGGGGAGGGGCGCUUCGACCCCCACGGGCACUUCCUGCCCCUCCCCCAGCGGGAACCGCCCGACCCCUGGCUGGAGACCAUCGAGGGGGCCUGGGCCUCGCAGGGAUAUUUCUCGGGUGGGGGAGGGGCGCGGUGCCGCCGCCUCAACCCCCCCGGGCCUUUCUACGACUGCGCCCGCAUCGACUUCCGGCUCUACACCUGA